UCUGCCAUGGACGUUAAACAGGAUCCCUACACCUGGGAAGGUGCAACUGGAUGGCGGCAAUAUCGAAUGUUAAGACCAGGCCGUGGCAUGUACUACGACAUCAAAAGACGACUACCAUACUACUGGAGCGAUAUCAGAGAUGCUGUUACCUAUAGAACAUUCGCUGCCACAGUCCGAAUGUACUUUGUCAAUUUAUUACCCGCGCUAGCAUUCUUAUUAGAUAUGAAUCGUCACACUGAUGGCUUCUUUGGUGUGAAUGAGGCACUGUUCUCUUCCGCUCUUGCAGCAAUUGUCUUCAGCACUUUGGCUGCUCAGCCGCUAACCAUUGUUGGUAUUACUGGUCUGAUUUCUCUUUUCAACUACACAAUCUACGACAUUGCUGUAAAGCAGGGAAUCCGCGAUUUGUACCCGGAAUUUCUGGCAUGGGUUGCUAUCUGGGCAGCCAUUACUCAUUGGAUCACAUCGUUUGGAAAUCUUUGUGAUUACAUGCGAUUCAUUACCGAUUUCUCAAGUAAUGCCUUCGGCAUGUAUGUUGGUAUCAUCUACAUGAAACUUAUCGCUCAAUUUUACGAGAGCACACAUGAGGCCGGCUUCCUGAGCAUUGUGGUCGCAUUAUGCUACUGGGCCACAGUCUAUGCAUUGGAGAUGCUCCCUCAUACCGUGGUCUUCAGCCCAGUCGUUCGCAAGGUGCUAUCUGAUUACGCGUAUCCUAUCGCCACCCUGUUCUGGACUGGCUUUGUUCACAUUCCAGGAACCAUCAAACAGGCAGACGUGCUUACCUUGCCUAUUACCAAAGCAUUCUAUCCCUCGACAGAUCGCAGCUGGUUGAUCCAAUUCUGGAAUCUUCCUGUUAAGUGGGUGUUCGUUGCUCUACCCAUUGGCAUACUCGUGACCCUGUUGUUCUACCNNUAUGACCACAACGUCAGCAGUAUCGGCGCUCAAGCAAGACAAUACCCUCUCAAGAAGCCUGCCGGAUUUCAUUGGGACUUUGCCCUCCUCGGCGCCACAUGUUUCAUCGCUGGCAUCAUCGGCAUUCCCAUGCCUAACGGUUUAGUUCCUCAAGCUCCCGUCCACACAGACUCCUUGACAGAAUACAAAGACAAGCUCGUCAUCAGUCACGAAACUGAAGAUGACGAUGGCCGACCCAUGGAGCGCAGANAAAAGGUCUUUGUUGCCGAGAUGGUGGUUGAACAACGUAUCAGCCAUUUCCUCAUGGGUCUCGCCAUCGUAGGCACAAUGACUGGUCCUCUCCUCAUCGUACUCCACACGAUGCCUCGCUGCCUCUUCUGCGGUGUCUUCUUCGUCGUCGGCUGGGGCUCUAUCGAAGGCAACGGCAUGACGCAAAAGCUCAUCUUCCUUAUCAAGGAACACCGUUUCAUCGACCCGUCUGAGCCACUCUUACAAGUUCCAAGAACAAAGAUCAUGCUGUUCCUGCUCUUCCAGAUCUUGGGUGUAGGGUUCAGCGUCGCCAUCUCGCAAACCAUCGGCGCUAUCGGGUUCCCUGUCAUUAUCAUAUCGCUUAUCCCUCUGCGGUGGUCGUUGAUGCCACACUUGUUCACCCGCAGAGAACUAGAGAUUAUGGAUGCACUCACUGCAGACUCUGAUGUUGUGCUAUGUAGUCUGGGUGGUAAGCCCGUCAUGCCCGAAGUUGCGCUGGAGCGAAAGAGACGAGGUUUCACUGCCGAGGAAGAAGGAGAUAGUGGACAUAUGAGCGACAAAGAGAAGGACAGCUCCACUCCGGGAGAAGAGAGUCCUGAGGUGAGGAGAAUGCUCGAACUAGAGCAGUCAGGACGCGGAAGUGGGCCUUACACCGCUGGUAAACACGAUUAG